UGUCAAAGUAUGGAAGUUACCUAAAUCGCAGAAACUUUAUUUUAUUUCUUCCUGCUGGACACCUUUUUGCGCAGCCAAUACAGCUGAAAAUUAAAUGGUAUGUUAUUUGAAUAGUAUAAAUCAGAAAUUUGACAUCCAAUGUCCUCAAGUGGUGCGCUAAAUGGUAGCAAAACUGAUUCUGAAAUCGACAUCCGAGUUAUAAACCCUCAUUCAUUGCAACAACACACGUUACGUACAUUGUACUGCGUAUUGCGGUGAGGUCAUAGCCAUCUACGUGCGGUGCACACUACACUCGACCAUUGAAAGUAGCCGGAAGAAAAGCACCCACUGUGUACCGUGUGUUCCCCGGCCUAGCUAGCUAGCUCACGAGGCCGUGCGGCCGGGCAAGCUUCUCGUUCUGUGUGGCAUUGUCCGCCGGUGUUUGUGUGUAACGCCGGGCAUUUGCAUACAUUGACCGGCUAGCUAGAUCUUGUAGUUCUCGUCUUUUGGAUGAGUUUCGCUUGCUAUGGAGUGCCCACAUCUGGUGAACAGUGUGAAACAGGGAGUUGCUGCUUUGCCGGUCACUAGAAAAACCAAUAAUGGAGAGAUUUUGACAACUUGGGUUUGUGCAGGUUGCAGGUCCAGCAAAAGUCCCUGGAUGUGUUUAUCAUGUGGCAUCAUCGCUUGUGGACGGUAUGUCAACGGUCACGCCAAGAAACAUUACGAAGAGUGUCAACACAGUGUAUGCAUCAAUUGUGAAAACCUAAGUGUUUUUUGCUACGAAUGUGAUGAGUUUGUCGUGAACGACACAAAAGCCGGGGCAGUCCAACAAAUCAGGCAGAUCUUGCAAGACAUAGCUAGCGCUCAACUUGACAACAAACGACUAAAAAAUUCCAAAGAUCAUGUCAGCGAUGGAGACGAGGAAGGACCACCAAAGAAAAAACUAGCCACUAAUAAUACGAAACCUUCCAUUCCUGGUCUAAGAAACCUGGGCAACACGUGUUUCAUGAAUGCAGUACUUCAGUCCCUCAGUAACAUACACCAGUUUUGCUGCUACUUCAAAGAUCUGCCGGCUGUCGAGUUGAGGAAUGGCAAGUCGGCUGGCAAGCGAAUCUACAACACAAGAAACCUCAAGCAUGACGAUGUAUCUCUUGUGGAAGAGGUGAGGAAGACGCUGUGUGCUCUGUGGCAGGGUGGACAGUCCGCAAUCUCUCCAGACUCGCUCUUCUCCGUCAUGUGGAAAAUCUUUCCAAGAUUCAGAGGUUACCAGCAGCAGGACGCCCACGAGUUCAUGCGUUAUCUUCUAGACAGACUACACACUGAGCUGCAAGGUACCCUGUGGCCUGGUAACCCAAGACGACAGACGAACGGAACCAGUACUAUAGUGACUUUCAUGUUCGGCGGCCUGCUACUCAGUCAGGUCCAUUGUGUUGUGUGUGAAAGCUUCUACAAGAAGAUUGAUCCAUUCCUAGAUGUAUCGCUAGAUAUACCCCAGCGUUUCAGGUCUAGAAGCAAGUCAAAAGAUGGAUCGCGGCUAUGCCGGAUACAAGAUUGUCUACAGAGCUUCACAGAGGUUGAGGAGCUUGCCGAGUCUGAGCAUUACAUGUGUACAAACUGCCAGAAGAGACAACCCUCCACAAAGAAGUUCUGGUUUCGCAAGUUGCCUAAUGUACUGUGCAUGCACAUCAAGCGAUUUCAAUGGACCGGUUUCCUACGGAGUAAGAUUGAUGUCUUUGUUCAGUUUCCACUCAGGGGUCUUGAUCUAAGGCCAUACAUACUCAAACCAGAGGAAUCGCCAGACAGCGAGAGCACAAUUUAUGAUCUCAAAGCUGUGGUAAUUCAUCAAGGAUCUGGUGCUGGGUGUGGUCACUAUGUUGCCUUCGCUAAGAAUGACGGUCAGUGGUUUUGCUUCAACGACACGAGCGUAUCUCCAGUUCAGGAGGCGGCGGUGACGCGUUGCAAGGCGUACAUCCUCUACUACAUCCGCCGCAAGGCAACGCAAGACGACUGUUUCCAACUGGUCACCUCUCUACAGGAGGAAUUGUUAACGGAGCCAAGCGCAAGCCCCAGCCCCAGUAGUACUGCUAGCUAGAUAGAUUUUUUUUAAACCUCAAAGAGCAUUAUGUAAAAUCACCGGUAAUUGACAGAAAAUCACUGACAAAAGUUUUGGCCGCUCGAGCUGUGCAAAGCGUUGCUGGGGACUUGCUCAUUCAUACUGUUUUUCCCAAGUGGGAUGGGAGUAAAUUUGACAAAUUAAGGGCUUGACAAAAGUUUUGACUGCGAGCUGUGCAAAGUGUUUUGCUGGGGACUUCCUCACUCGUACCCUUUUUCCCAAGUCAGAGUAAAUUUCCCGAAUUCAUGGAUUCUUGAUUCUUGAUCCGGCUGGUGUGUAGUUGCCGUGCUCCAUUUUAAGCCAUAAUACGAUCGACACUGGGUUUUUUUUUUAAUCACAGAAUCACCAUUUUUGCUUCACAUUUGUAGCUAUGGACGAACAGCUCAGUGGGUUAAGGACUUGCAUGGUGUGGUUUAGCUGGCCGUUUGACCCCUCGUAACAGUUCAAUAUAUUCACCGAUGAUAAUCACUGUUGACAUUAAUUUAUAUGGUUCACACACAAACCUUAUAAAAUUACAGAGCAUCUUGUUUUUCUCUUCUCAUCCCUUUGACCCCAACGGUAUCACCCUCCCUUCUUGAGGUUCCUGAAAUGCCCCCUCUCAACACAUAGCUCAUUGUGCUGUGUACAGUCAACCCUGGUUAUGAACAGCACUGUUUUAAAUGCACUGGACACUAUUGGUAAUUACUCAAAAUAAUUGUUAGCAUCAACACUUACUUGGUAACAA